AGUGUUAUCAGUUUAUCACAGCUAGAUGCAUGUGUCCUACCUACGUAAAUUAUGAUCGUCAACAUUUUCGUCGUAAUAUAUUCGUAUUCUGUCUGUAGUAGUCUGUACAUCGAUUUAUAUAUCGUGUAGUAAAGAAGUCGGUGAGUCUGUUAGUGUAUCGUCGAUUCGGAAUAAGUUUUCGUUAAUUGUAACACUCGGAUAAAUAUUCAUUUAGAAUAAAUAAAUUUGAAUAAAAUCACAACACUGCGAUUCAAACUCGAUAUUUGAGCUGAGAACGUGCUUAAUUUAUAGAUGACUGUGAAAAUAAAAACUUUAUAAAUGCCUUCAGUUUCUUCACUGAUAUUUUAUGUUGCUGUGGUGCUGUUCGCGGUUUAUCUCAAUGACCGUAACGGUGCCAAUAUCAAAUUACUCGAAUCUUAUGAACAUAAUAUAAAUAUAACAUUCGGCCCACUGAAUCUUGGAAACGAUUCGUCUUGUAAUGCACUUGAUUUUCAACUGAAUUACAAAAAACAUGUGGAUCUUGGUAUAUUUUUUUCCAAUCACGCUAGUUACAUGUCUAUGGUAAGUUUGUUCAAGCUCUGGACAAGCCAACGAAAUGAUAAAAUAUUCUUUGGCACUCUAAAACUCAAUGACAAAACUGUGAGUGCGGUAGCAAAAGGGCCUGGACGUAAUUGUUUUGAAAUGUUCGAGCAAACGGUCAACAUCGCUACAGAUAUAAACACAAUUGUAACUUAUGGCCAAUGGACCUUGUUACCACUAAGUGAUGAUAUUCGCAGCCUUGAAAUAUGUUCAAAAGACAUAAAAUCGAUUCAAAAUGCAUUACUUUACAGUUUCUUCAACUCUGUUAUUAGUGACGAUAGUGAUAAUAAAGCUCAUUCGUUGAUAGAAGCAUGGAUCGCUGCACAUGUGAGUGUUGAGCUUUUAGUUCUAAAGGUAUUACAUGGAUAUCGUUAUGUACCAAAUAUUUAUGCUACAUGUGGUCGAGUUUAUUUUGUUGAGGAUUGUGGUCAUACCUUAGAAUAUCACAUGAGUAAGAUGAAUUUGACUAAUAGACUAUUAGUGGCCAAAGAGUUGCUAACGUUAGCAUUGGAGCUUGCGGAUGGUACAGCUCAUCAAAGUUAUUCAUUUUACCUCACCGAUUUAACAGCCGAAAAUAUAGCUGUAAAACUGAAUGAAACUUCAGGGUUAUUACAGACAUUGAAAGUUAUUGACUGGAGUGAUGUUAUAAUUGUGGUCAAUAACCAUAGUUUGAAGAAAACUGAUAAUGAUAAUAUACAUGUAAGUAAACAUAUUGACUGUGGGCCUGGAUGUUUAUCUUAUUCAAAAGAAGAAAUUUGUCAGUCGAGGGUUAGUGAUCACAAUAUAUAUGCUGUUUGCAAAGAAUUCUUAAGCAACGAUGGUAGACUGUUACACGAAAUAACAGGCUCAGAUAAAACAAUGAAGUCACCAGAAAAGGAAGUCAAAAACCUUGCAUCUUUAUUGAAUAAUUGUUUGUGGAACUUUGAUGUUGAAAAGCAAUCUGAAAUAAAUAGAUUAGAUACCGCUAAAUUGAUAAUAAAAUCAAUUCAACUCAUUUAUAAUUUUGAAACAUCUAAUAUUACUAAUAAUGUUUUGUAAAUAAAAAAUACAUUUUGUGCAAUGAUAUUACACCAUUCAAAAGUGGAUAAAUUACAGAGACUGAGUGUUGAGGCCCGCACAUACUGCAACACUAGUCGUAGCAAUAAAAUGCAGUGGGACACAAUUUACUACAAAUUCACCACUGCUGCAUUGAGUGUUGGCCU